CCCAGUUGACGUUACGUACGCCGCCGUGGCGUGCCUGCAAACCCAAUAACAUGGAGUCCGGUGCCUUGCCCCUUGCAAGGGAUCCAUGCAAAACACCUAAAAAGAUCCCAGACAGCGACGGUAAAAGAGCGGACUUGUGCGUGUGAGCAACCGGGGGCUUGCAGCGGGCAUCUUCUUCGGGGCGUCAAGGCUUCCUGCUCGGUCUCCAGCUAUGACUAGCUCCGCUUAGACUGCGACGCCUUCCCCUCCAUAAGCGAACCAGGCCGAUAUCAAAGUGGAAGAGUGCACCAUGUAGGCGGGCUGGUCACCAAGUGGGACUCCAUACUGCUCUCUGGGGGACAAUGGAGCCAGAAGGGCGACCCCUGACCCCAGGGACCAGCUAUGUGCCCCCACCUUUGAACUCUGCACAAAAUCCCGUCACCCCGACUUUCCUUAACAGCACCUUACAGUCCUCAUGUUCUUCCAAUGUGAGUGACAUCCUGACGCCUGCCAAAGGCUCACCGGGCCACGAUGGAGACCAGGACCCGGAGCAGACCGAGGGAUCCCAGCACGGCACAGAGCCAGAGGGGAGUGCACAGAGGAGAUUCAGGUCCUCAGCCUUUCCUUCCUCCCUCAGCUGGGACUCUGACUCUGAGAAAGAAACACAAGACGAGGAGGAGCUGCAGCAUUUUUCUAACCCUCACGGUCUGGCUGCUCACAGCCCAGGAUCUCCUUCCUCUGGACCCAGAGCUGGUAGUGAAGAUGACAAAGAAGCUGGAAAGCAGUCGGAGCAGAAGACUGAUCCGUCUGUCCCUGAAGAGGUGUGCAAUGAGAAUAAAGAAAGCACAAAAAAAGAAGAACCAAAUGCAUCUCAGCUUGGCCCGACAACAGACUUAGGAGGCAGCCAUGACUGGAACAUAUCUGAGGGAGACGAGCUCUUCCUCUGCAAAGCAAAACCAAAGGAUGCUUGCCAGAAAGAGGAGGAUGCAGACAUAAGGGAGGUGGAGAAAAGCCCCAAGGGAAACGACAUCAAGGAGCACGAGAAGGAUGUGUACACCUUCACUGGAGACUCCGACCCUGAGAGUUCUCCUCCUGCACCGUGGCCUCACUGCACACUCAUUCAGAGGUCCAGAAAGAAUAAGCUCCUCCUCAGGCCGUUCACCGGCCUUGGAACCUUAACGCACACUUUGACCGAGACUGGUACGCAGGAAAGCGGGAGUCCUCACAGAUCACCUCCGAGUCAAGGUGGAGAUGGCUUUGGGGAGGGAUUGGCGGACAAUCCGAUCAUGAUCGGAGAUGGAGACUGUAAUUUGGAACAAGACAUUUUCACCUGUGUGGAAUGUAGCAUUUACUUUAAAAAGCAGGUCCAUCUAAAGGAGCACAUGAUCGAGCACUCCCAAACGGGUGAAGCGGGUGGUUUUCUAUGUAGUGAGUGUGGAUGGGACCUGCCCACUUGUGUUUCACUGGAGGACCACCAAAAAAGGCACCAGGAGUCUCGUUUGAAGAUCAUGUUGGAAAUCCAGAAACUUAAUGAAGACGACAAAACAAAAGAGAUACUGGAUGCUAAGCAUGAACAUUUUAGUCCGGUGGCGACUCCUGACAAGGUGCCAGGCACUUUCCCACCAUUGUAUCAGCCCCCAUCUGAUGGAGAUGAAGCUGCUCUUGAAUCAAAUGCACCUCAAAACCCUGCUGGUUCUUUUGGAACCAAAUUCCAGCCCCAAGCGGUUUUGUACCGCCGCCGCUUUGUCUGUACCCAAUGUAACUUCAGCACAAGAACCUCCCAGGCGCUUGCUAAUCACACCAAGACGCAUACGAGGAAAAAAUCCACUAUGAAGUCCUCAUCUUCUGAUUCCCAAUCAUGCGUGGCUUCAUCUUCUCCGGGCUUAAGUCAAGUGAGUGUAAGAGCGCAAGGGAAACGGCUCCACUCGGAAAAGAACUCCAUCAUGAGGAUGCAGGUUGAUGCCGAGACCAACCGUUCAUCUUAUGAUCUUUUAAACUCCGUCCUGGAUUCCAAUUGCGAGUCUGACUCUGCUUCACCGUCCAACGCAUCUCAAGCCAAAGCCCGCCAUGGCUCUGAGGAUGGUGAGACAGAAGUUCUCAGACGUAACCGAAACAGGAGGUUCAGUAGGAGAGCCAGACUCAAUGAAGAGGACCUUCCGGGGAGUGAAGCGGAGCAGGAGGAGAGGAUGGCGGAGCUAGACUCUGAGGGGGUCGGAGGGAAAUGGCACACCACGGCUGGAUCUGACGCAGAGCGGCCAAGCGUCACAUUGUCACCCACAAGGAAAAGUCUGAAGGAGAACGACAAGCAGGAAGAAAGCAAUCAAAAGGUGUUGCGGAGGAGCAACAGGAUUACCUCUGCCUUCGCGGAAAUUGACAGCGACGGCGGUGACGAGGAUGACGAUGAAGACUGCAUUUACGAUGAGCGCAUGCGACGUUUCCUGUCUGCUGGGGGCAUCUUGGAUGACGUUGAAGAUGAGGUCUUGGAGGGCCUGAAGAAUGUGGAGAGGAAAUGCCCCUACUGCCCCGAUCGAUUCCAUAACGGCAUCGGGCUCGCCAAUCACGUGAGGGGCCACCUGAACCGGGUGGGCGUCAGCUACAAUGUGCGCCACUUUAUAUCCCCCGAGGAGGUCAACGCAAUUGAGAAGAGGUUUUCCUACCAGAAAAAGAAGAAGAAAGUGGCCAACUUUGAUCCAGCCACAUACAGUGUGAUGCACUGCGAGUUCUGUAGUGCCGGCUUUGACACCCGCGCCGGCUUGUCCAGCCACGCCCGAGCGCAUCUACGGGACUUUGGCAUCACCAACUGGGACGUUACCAUCUCCCCGAUCCACAUCCUGAGAAAGCUGUUCUCCAGCAGACCUGACCUUGUAAUCCCUACAGCUCCCCCUCGGAGCCCGAUAUCUGGUCAGGAAGAUGAGGAUGAUGAUGAUGAGGAGAAUGGGAUUAUUGAAGUCAAACUGGAAAGGGAGACAAGUGAGAUAAGGAUAAAUGCUGCUUCUGCAUCUCCUGAACCUGUGAACGAGGAGGAUGGUGUCACAGAAGCAACAGAAGAAGAAGAGGAUGAGCAACAGCACCUGGCUAAAGAUGGUCUGAGCUCCAGCCCAAAGAAAACGCGUCUACACAGCAUGGAGGAGGAUAGCCUCUCACCAGGGGAGGAUGCAGACACCAAAGUUCAUGACUUGAAGUGUGAAUUGUGUGGAGCCCAGUUUGAGACCAGAUGUGCCAUGUCCAGCCACGCCCGCUCUCACCAUCUGCAGAGGGAAUUCGGUGUUUUAGAAAGCGGUGGUGCACCCAUCGACCCCCCCUGCCAGACUGCCAAGGAGUGUAAUGUACACAGCCAAAUAAGCUCACCUCACCGGGAGCCCCAGUCACCCAGGAGCUCCUCUCUUUUUGACUCCCAGAAACGUGAGGACUUGGGAGGAGACUUAGACGUGAAACCGAUAUCCCUUUCCAUCUUGACCAAAGCAGUAAAAGCGGUGCCCCCCUCUUGUUCCUCUUCUCCAUCUCCUUGUGCCUCUCCAAUUCGGGCUCAUUCCAGUUCCCCGUUGCCACUAGUGAGGAAAGCCCCCGUUUCCUCUUUAUUGCCCGUGUCGUCUCCCUUACGUUUGACGGAGCACAAGGCUGCCGGGAUGAAAAGCUCAGUCUCUAACCUCUCCACGCCGAUCCCACAAUCCAAACCCAUGUGGGCCCCGCAGGAGAAUGAUGCUCCUCUCAACCUCACCCUUGACAUGGACGCCAACAAGGACAUCGUCUGUCAGCUAUGUGGUGCCUGGUUUGAGACCCGGAAAGGCUUGUCCAGCCAUGCACGGGCUCACCUGCGUCACUUUGGGGUGGAGUACUCCGAAUCUAAAGGUUCUCCUAUCGCCCUCCUGAACCAGCUCAUGGACACGGAUGAAUUCAAGCACAAAGCCAGUGAAUUCAACCUCGCCACCGAAACGCAGAACAUCACGGCCACUCUCCCCCCCCCAAAGAAGCCUCCGCUGAGCCUGACUUCCACUUCUCCAUCCGUACUAUUUAAGACGACAACAGCCGGAGGCGGGUCCACCUCCAAAGCUACCUCUUCCUCAUCCUUUGGCCCGCCCGCCAAGCGUCUCAAAUCAUCUUCCAUGCAGGUCUUCCGCCUCAGUAGUGGUGAGAUCAUGGCCCUGCCUCAAAGAGAACCUUCAAAGGAAAUCGGCUGCGAAUUCUGUGGGGAGUAUUUUGAGAACCGUAAAGGACUGUCCAGCCAUGCUCGUUCCCACUUGCGUCAAAUGGGCAUCACCGAGUGGUCGGUCAACGGUUCCCCAAUCGACACCCUAAGGGAACUCAUCACAAGACGCGGUUUACCCUGCGCCCUUCCACUAAAACCUCUAAAAACACCCCCUCCGUCUUCUCCCGGACCCUCCCGUUCCCCUCUCUCGACGUCCUCCUCGCCAUCAGCUCUCCUCAGCCGCCUACCCUUCUCCUGCUCCUCGAGUUCUCCUCAAUCCGCAGCUUCUAAGUCGGGCUCCACACCGCCGACGUCCUCCGGCGGGCUCAUCCUCAAGCUGAAGCCUGAGCCGGUGCAGGUGGAGGUCACGGCUCCUGAAGCCGUGGGCAGUGGUCGCCACAGUUUCCCCACUGAUCCUCUCCGUUCUGGUUGGAGCAGCUCUGACAGCGGGUUCCCCCUCAACUUGGCCAUGUCUCGGGAAGUUGAACCCACACGAGAUAUCCGCUGUGAAUUCUGCGGGGAGUACUUUGAGAACCGUAAAGGCCUCUCCAGCCACGCCCGGUCCCACCUCCGCCAGAUGGGCAUUACAGAGUGGACUGUCAACGGCUCGCCCAUCGACACCCUACGGGAGGUCAUCCACAAGAGAGGCUUAAGUGUCUCCUCUCUGCCCGACAAGGGCGUGAAGAAGGAAUCUACCAAAAGUCCCUCGUGGGGGAAGACCACCAAAACUUCAGAGGGGUUGUGUCUCCCCGUCUGUCAGUCAUCUAAGUUUCGUAAAUCCCCUCUCAGUAUGCUGUCAUCAGGGUCCAGGUUUCAGAAGCACGGCCUAGGCUCUCUGGGUCCAUCCACUACCCCGACCUCACCCAAGAUUGUCAGGAUAUCCCCACUCGGCAAACAGUCAGAUGAAGCCCAGUCUGUGGAAAGUGCCCACACAGUGCCGCAUCAGCGUAAGACUUUCUCACCGCUACCACAUGACUUCUCAAUGAAAAAAAAACCCUCCUCUGACAAGCAUGUCCGUAAGGAUCCCAGCUGUGAGCUGUGUGGCUUCUACUUUGAGAACCGCAAGGCCCUGGCGAGCCACGCACGAGCCCACCUCAGGCAGUUCGGGGUGACCGAGUGGUGUGUAAACGGGUCCCCCAUUGAGACGCUGAGCGCAUGGAUUCGCAGCAGGCCGCAGAAGGUGUUGGAGAUGCACCGCAGCUACAUUCACAGUAACCGCCCCACCUCCAAGAGGAAGAGCAGCUCACCUCUCCCAGGAUCGACGGAUUCAGAUCAUCGUUCCCCCAUCUCACCACAGAAGGCCUCCUCCACCUCCUCCACGUCCUCCUCCCAGUGGUCUUCCGCUUUAGCGGUGAACCUGGUGCGGCCGCUGAGCCGUGAGCUCGGCCAGGGUUCUUCUAAAACGUCAGAAGAGGAAGCAGGCCCCGACCAUGUGACCCCUCACGGCAGGCCCGCCAGUAGCAGUCUUAGCCCCUCGCGGCUCACCGGUGUUGGCCUCCCACUUCAAGCACAGGUGGCUCGCAGUGAGCUCAAUGUUCGUCUGCCUCGAGGUUUUGAGCGUCGCCCCCUGAAGCACCCGUCUUGCUCCGAGGGAACAGAGAGGGACAGCGGCCCUCCGAAGCCCCCCCGCACAAGCACCGUCCCUGCUUUAGUGCCAAAGCCACCCACCUACCCACUAGUCAGGCUGGUGGGCAAGUUCUACACCCUAAAGUGCCGGUUCUGCGAGGUGGAGUUCCACGGUCCACUUUCAGUGCAGGAAGACUGGAUCCGACACCUCCAGCAACACAUCCGCAAGAUGAACUACAACAACCCUGCUGAACCCAAAGCAGUGUCUGAUCAAUCUGACGAGAUCCACCACGCCUCUGCCCCAUGCUCCGCCCCCAGCACGUCCACCGUCACCGCCUCCACAGCUCCGAACAGCCACUCCCUCGCUCCCCCGGCGGAACUUGCUCGAGAGAUAGUCAAGCCCACCCCGGCCCCCAUUCCACUUCCUGCCCAGGUGGUGUAAGCUCAUCAGUAACUAUCAUGGUUCCUUUUCAUUUUCUUUUACUUUGAUUUUUGGUUGUUUUUUGAGGGCAAUGCUCCUCUUCAACACUUAAUGAAGGCCAAAGAGCCUUCUGAGCCCCAUGCACCUUUUUGAAGCUACUUUUUAGACUGUUACCGUGGGAACCAAGCUCUCCUGGUUUAAGGGUGAUUACAGCCAAUAUUUCAUGGAGAGAUGAGCUAUUCUUAUGCCUUGUUUAUGCUGAAUGUCCAGGAGUUGACAAGGACCAUUGCUGUACCCCCGCCACCUGGGUGGCUUAAGGGUUUAAAUGUCACCCUUUCCCCUCUUUUGUCUCCUGUUUUAUGCCGGCAGGAACAUCUGAACCAUUUCUAGCAGCAUUUCUCUAUAAGACGGGUGUCCAAACUGCAUAACUGAAUAGAAGAAAAUGACAUUUUGUGCAUUAAUGGUGCUUAAAUCAAUUCAAUGUAGAUUCGCCCUUCACGCCCCUGUAAAUUCUUGGAAUUUUAGUGCCAAAAAUAAUCAUUUUCGGGAAAACACAUCUCAUUCACUUCUCAGAGCAUUGAAUCGAUCGCAUCGGGACUGUCCAGGAUUACGCCUCUCAUCCGAGUUAGCCUCUAACAAAUAAACAAAGCACAGCCACCUUAGUUUCAGGUGAGUUCAUAACCACCAUUACAUCUGACAAGGUGAUUCCAUCCAUUCUAUCCUAAAAAAAUCCUCAUUUGACAACACUGAAGAGCCAAACCAUUCCUGUCUGUCUCAUUCCGGUCUUCUCCUUUUAGAGGAUAGAGCAUAGAUUGCAUCUUGCACCAAGCUCUCAAUCUACAUAUACUUUUUGAGCAUGAACUGAUGAAGCCUGCUCGAAUGAGAGGCUAAGACAAUCCGAACAGUCCAUUUAUAAAUAUGUGAUAAUACAAUGGUGGAGAGUGGUUAGCGCGCAGGCCUCACAGCUAGGAGACCCGAGUUCAGUUCCACCCUCGGCCAUCUCUGUGUGGAGUUUGCAUGUUCUCCCCGUGCAUGCGUGGGUUUUCUCCGGGUACUCCGGUUUCCUCCCACAUUCCAAAAACAUGCUAGGUUAAUUGGCGACUCCAAAUUGUCCAUAGGUAUGAAUGUGAGUGUGAAUGGUUGUUUGUCUAUAUGUGCCCUGUGAUUGGCUGGCCACCAGUCCAGGGUGUACCCCGCCUCUUGCCCAAAGACAGCUGGGAUAGGCUCCAGAACCCCCCCCCCCCCGUGACCCUCGUGAGGAUAAGCGGUAGAAAAUGAAUGAAUGUCUACGCUUCACUGAUGAUGCUUUUCUUUGUUCGGCGGUCCUUGAACUCACCACAUUUGUGUGCUGUGACUUUGAGACGCCAAUGUUACAGCAAUGGCUACGAAAGCACUAGCUUUAAGUCAUGUUGUCAUUAUUUUUUUGAGUCAACCGCUCAACCUGUAACAUAAAAACAUGGACGCUAACCAAGGUUCCAUUGUACAUUUAUUCUGGGCGUAUAAAUUACCGGCUGUUUUUCACUAUUAACUGGUUAUCCCAGUGGAUCUAUCAAAUAUGCUAAGCUAUCUGAACAAAACAUCCGCAUCUUAUUUGUGACAAAACGUGUGUAUUAUGUAACACUACACUACAUAUCAUUAAUAGUGCAUUCAUUACAUUGUUAGAAUCUUUGGACACCCCUCCUGUAAGAGAAUGUUGGCAGAACUUGUUCAAUGACCCAAUGUCCUGACCCCGAAAUAUAAGACUUCUAAAGAAGUCUCAAGCCACUUUAAACAUAUUUUAACACUGAGUGUUAAAACUAACUUGGCACUUUUUGUUUUGACAUCGACACUGAGCACUUACUAAAAUGAUUGGAUUGGGUGAAAUUUAAAGGAGCAAGAAGUGGAAGCACAUCACAAAAAAAAAAAAAAAAAAAGGGAAAUGAACUCCACGUCAAAUUGACCCCAAAUAUGAAUUUUGCUUGAAUGUAGCAUACAGCACCUAUUGAUACUUUGUUUUUUUUUAUAUGCAUACAUUUCUACAAUCAAAAAUAUGCCCCGUGUUAUGAAUACACCACUGAUGUUUCACUGCUUCUGUGCUAAAGAUGCUUUUUAACCUCCCUGUCUAGAUAUGUGGGAUGGAUUUUUUAAUUUAACACUAAAUUCACGUGUUGCCAUCAUAUUCCUGCCUUUAAAAAAAUAUAUAUAUAUAUAUCUGUAACCCAAAUUAUUAUUUAUUUACUUUGCACCUGAAUGUGUUAAUAAGCUAGAUCAUUCAUGAAAGGUGACGUAAGUAUGCUGUAUACCAUACCUGUCAAUUUCAUCCCACUUUUUGAUAGUUUCCGGUAUUUUCAGUUUUUAAAAUUCAAGAAUUCACUUAGAAAAUAAUCAGUGUGAUACAAAUUGGUAGAAAUUCCCUUUAUUUUUCCCCCGAAAAUAUCAUUUACUUUAACAUGCAAAUGUUGACAGGUAUGCUGUACAACAUAAGGGACACCUGCACCGUCUAAGGCAGUGCUUCUCAAUUAUUUUCUGUCACCCCCCCACCCCGCAAAAACAACACAAACACCCCCCCAGGAUUGGAACUGACAAUAUUUAUUAAUUUGCCUAUACUGUACAGACUUAACUUGAAACUGAAAGCAGGAAAAUGCAACAUAAUGGAGAGUCUCGACAGUACCCCCCCUCCAACACUAUUUGAGAAGCACUGGUCUAAGGAGAUCAAAGUCAUUCUGCCUUUAUAGCUCCUGUUUAUUAUUGUGGUUUUACUCCCAGUGAGAGCUGUGUCUAAUACUUUCAUAUAGUUUUUUUUUAUAUAUAUAACCUAGAAUAUUACACUCAUAUUUCAGCAUUGCUGUCUUUUAGGGACGGGAAAAACUAGUUUUGAUGCUGCUUUUAUAUCGGAGCUUAUUAGAACGCACAGGUGGUCUUUUGUUUUCAAAGAAAAAAAAAAAAAGAAGUACAAACCGCUUGAUAGGACGUCUUUGUGACUUCAAAAUAUGGCCUCCUGAUUGUAUGCGUUUGUCAUAAAGUUAGGGUGGGCCAAAGAGUCACUUUUUUUAGUCCCUCGUCUCGCCUAUGUACAGUAAAAGCUGUUUACAUUGGACCCCCAUCACGGACGAACGAAGCCCUGCAGUGUCACGGGCAUUGGACUUCUUUGGGGGAAAUGUGACUUCCUAGGACUCCAACGGGAGAUGGUUCCUGUUAAACCACGAACAUAAACCAAACUUCAUUCCAAGACGGGGGCGAUGGAGGGGCUGUCUGUUUGCAGUCCAAAGCGGGAUGCCGUUUUUCUGAGUUGCUUCAGCGUGUCGGUGAAGCAAUAAAGUUAAAGUUCAAGUGUUGCCCCCCGUGUUCAAACAUGACUGUUUGGUCCUCCCCAUGUAUGGAAUAUAGAUACAUACCAUAUAACUCCAUGUACUUAAGAAGCUAAUAGAGCUAUUAGCAGUUCUAUUAGCAAGGUAGUUGAAAAAAGAAGUGAUCUUAAUUCCUUUUGAUUCUGAUGUGUUUUUAUUCUGUGCAUUUUCUGUACUUGCAGUCAUGCAAAGUGAAUCUUAGAACAUGUUUUAUUUCUUAGUCUCUCCGGGUGGAAAACGGUGAUGCUGGUCAGGUGGUUGCAAUGUGAGGAAAAGUUUAUUUCCGUUUAAAUGUGGCGUCCUGGGAUCAAUGAUAAAAAAAAAAGUUGACUGGUGUGUUUGUGUGUGUGUGUUUGUGUGAGACAAAAGAAAUGAUGGUGUCAAUGGAAGAAUAGAGAUGUGUGAGAGAAAAAAAAAUGUACUGUAUACAGAGUUUUAGGUGAAACAACUCCAGAACAAAACAAUAAAUGUGACUUCCGUUUCAGAAUCGGAAUUGUUGCCUUACUUAUUCCAGAACACACUCGUCUUUGCACUAGAGGUGUGCGAUGCUACUGAG